UACCCCACUCUCGAGUCGAGUCCCCCCUUCGUAUACCACGCCUCCCGCCCUUUAUGGUUGGCAUUUUUCAAAGCUUCAAACUGUCGUACUCAUGGGUAAACGUGCUGCACCUGCUCUUUUCCUCCCUUCCCUAUCACUAUGGCCUAUAGCAUGAAUGUCGGACAGCGUUGCCCGGCGUCCGCAAACUACACCAAACCUUUCGGGCUUUAAUUGGACACUUCAUCAUUGCAGCGAGCCGCUUCUUCUCCCCUCUGCUUUUUUGCUUUACAGAGAAAGCGAUAACGAAGAGAAACAGACAACCAACCAUUGAUGGAUGGACGACGCUGUUCUUUCCUUCUCACUCCACAGCUUUAAAAAAAGAUAAAGAGAGACGGCAGACGCCGGCGAAGAGGCAGCAUCUCUACAAACACGGAGUAAUGAAGCCAGACAUUAUUGUUCCAGGCGUCUUAGAGAGAGGGAGAGAGAGAGUGUGUGGUGAGCAAAAUGAUUCGAAGCAGCAUGCUCCCUCAUCAUGGCACCUCCCUCAUCUCUUCUAUUUCUGACGAAAAAGAAGCCAAGCCCUUCUCCGGCAGAACACUGAUGGCACCUCCUCCUCCCUUGUCGCUCGUGCUUUUGUUUCUCCUUCUCCUGGCCAUUGUCUCCUCCGCGAACAAUGACACCGACAGCCUUCUCGAUUUCAUGCGGCAGACGGACGCCCACGGCAGCCUCAGGCUCAACUGGACCGGCGGGAAUGCCUGCUCGGGCGGGUGGGAGGGAGUUGGAUGCAGGGGUGGGAGGGUUACGACACUGUCCCUCCCUUCCCUCGACCUCCGAGGCCCCGUCGACUCGCUUCGUUCCCUGGACCAACUCCGCCACCUCGACCUACACAAUAAUCGUCUGAACGGUUCCCUCGCCCCUCUCCUUGCGUGUGCCAACCUCAAGCUCGUAUACCUCUCAAGCAACGAAUUCUCCGGCGAGAUCCCCGGCGACGUGUCGUUGCUAACCCGUUUACUACGGAUUGACCUCGCAAACAACAAUCUUCGCGGCGGGAUACCGAGCGGGUUGCUGAAUCUCACGCGCUUAAUCACGCUCAGGUUGCAGAACAACGUCCUAGGAGGUCCCAUCCCUGACCUCUCCACCACAUUGGUCCACCUCAAGGAGCUCAACCUCUCCAACAAUGAGUUCUACGGGGAGCUACCGGAGGCGUUGGAAAUCAGGUUCGGGUUGGCUUCCUUCUCCGGCAACGCAGGCUUGUGCGGGCGCGCCCCUCCCUUUCCGCACUGUUCUUUCAGUAACACGGCGCCUUCGCCGACGACGUCGCAGCAGAGCGUCGUGCCUUCGAAUCCUAGUUCAGUGCCCGGCUCGGGGGCCAAGCCCAAGUCCAGGGGCGGAUUGAGCACGGGAACCAUUGUUGGCAUCGUGGUGGGGGAUGCGGUCGUAUUGCUCUUGCUGGUUGUGCUGCUUUUGGCCUACUACUGCGGGAGGUACCACUCCAAGAGAGAAAAUAGGAAGAUCAAGGCAGAGAAGGGCCUCAGGAGUGUAGAGUCGUUCAACGGUGAGGGCUACGAUCGGUCCCCCUCGGAGGUUGCAGAGUCGGAGAGGAGCAAGCUGGUGUUCUUCGAGAGGAGGAAGCGUUUCGAACUAGAGGACCUGCUGCGGGCGUCGGCGGAGAUGCUGGGGAAGGGGAGCCUUGGGACCGUGUACAAGGCCAUUCUGGAGGAUGGCUCAGUGGUGGCGGUGAAGAGGCUCAAAGAGGCACAACCGUCCGGCCGAAAGGAGUUCGAGCAGUACAUGGAUAUGAUAGGGAGAAUGCGCCAUCCCAAUAUUGUCCGCUUGAAGGCCUACUACUACGCCAAAGAAGAGAAGCUUCUCAUCUACGACUACCUCCCCAAUGGGACUCUCUAUUCUCUUUUGCACGGGAAUCGUGGUCCAGGAAGAACCCCGUUGGACUGGACGACGAGGAUCAGCCUGGCGCUGGGAGCGGCUCGUGGGUUGGGUCGCAUCCAUGAGGAGUAUGGGGCGGCGGGGAUCCCCCACGGCAACGUCAAGUCUUCCAACAUCCUGUUGGAUAAGAACGGGAUCGCCUGCGUGUCGGAUUUCGGGUUGGCACUGCUUCUGAACCCCGUUCAAGCGACGGCCAGGCUUGGGGGGUACAAGGCGCCGGAGCAGAGCGAGAGCAAGAGGCUGUCCCAGAAGUCGGACGUGUACGCGUUUGGGGUGCUGCUGCUGGAGCUGCUGACGGGAAGAGCCCCUGCCCAGAAGACCCCUCCUCCGCAGCAGGAGGGUGGUGGGAUGGCGGUCGUGGACCUCCCCAAGUGGGUGCAGUCCAUCGUCCGGGAGGAGUGGACGGCUGAGGUGUUCGAUGCCGAACUGCUAAGGUACAAGAACAUCGAGGAAGAGCUGGUGGCCAUGCUUCAGAUCGCCUUGGCCUGCGUGGUGUCGCAACCGGAGGCUCGACCCACCAUGGCCGAAGUCGUCAAGAUGAUUGAGGACAUACGCGUCGAGCAGUCACCGCUGGGCGAGGAGUGGGAUGAUUCUCGCAACUCCAUCUCUCCUUCCGUCGCGGACGAGGGUUUAACCAGUUGCUGAGGUAAGGGAGAAAAGGACGUGCGCCACCAUCCUCGGGGGGGGGGGGGGAGAGAGUGAGAGAGAGAGAGGGAGAUCGAGGGAUCAUGAUCAUAAUGGUGAUGCUAAUGCAGUAUUCCAAUUUGGGCUUUUACACCAAUGCGUGAGGAGUCCCUUUUGCCUUGUUAGUGAUUUUCGUUCUUAUUGCAGACGGGAGGAUCUUUUCGAAUUUCGUGCGCUUUGCCUUUGUCUUGCUCACGCAUCCACUAUAAUUCUUAUUCUGUGUUCCAUGUUUUGAGUUA